GUCAUUCAUCUACCAUGGCUGCGCCCAUUGCUCUCAUCCAAGGUGCAAGCAGAGGACUGGGGUUUGAGUUCUGCAGGCAUAUACUUAAAAAUAAAACCCUCGCUACGGUUGUAGCAACGUGUCGAAACCCGGACGGGGCUGCAGAUUUGCGGACCCUGGUUGGCCAACAUCCGGGUAGAGUGACGGUCCUCAGGCUGGACGUGAACCAGGAGAAUGACAUCCGCGGAGCUGCAGAGAUGGUUAAGGAGAAAUUCAGGCAGCUGGAUCUAAUCGUCAACUGUUCGGCGAUGCUUCAUCCCUCGGGGAAAGGAGAGACCAGCCUGAGAGAGGUUUCUGCACAGGGCAUCAUUUCCACCUUAACGACCAAUACAGUGGGUCCCCUGGUCAUGGCCAAGUAUUUCUCUCCCCUCCUUCUCAAGGGGAGCGGUGGAUUUGGUCAGCAGCCUGCAGAGAAAGCCAAGCAGCACAGCGGCAUCAUUGUCAAUAUCACAGCGAAAGUGGGGUCCAUUGGAGACAAUGGUCUUGGUGGUUGGUACAGCUACAGAAUGUCUAAAGCAGCUCUCAACAUGGCCACUAGGAAUUUGUCUAUAGAGUUAGGCCGUAGUCGACCCAAGGUGGUGUGUGUGUCCCUACAUCCAGGAACAGUGAACACAGACCUCUCCAGGCCUUAUCACCGGAAUGUGCCAAAAGACAAGUUGUUCAGCACUGAACACUCUGUGAACUGUCUAAUGAACAUCAUAGACACACUGAAUAUGGAAAAGACUGGAAAAGCGUACAGCUGGGAUGGAACAGAACUUCCAUGGUAGAAUUUCUAAGAGAUGAAUUUCUCCACCUCUGGUCUUGAUGUUGAAUCUUGAAUUGAAUCAGUGUUCAGACAGUGUGGAGAUGAAGUGGACCUCACACUAGAAAAUCCUCAGAAUUGAAGCCAUUGCUCAUACUCAAGUGACAGUCUAAAUGGUCAAAGAAAAAUCUCUUUUACUACCUCAAAAUUAGCACAAGUGCUUAAAUCAUCCAGAACACACAUUUUGCCAAUACUGGCAUCACAGUGGUCUUGAUAUUUGAUGCAAUUAUCAUAUAAUUUAGCACAGCUCGUUUUGUUGGUCGAAAUCAUGUAAUAUCUCACUAAUCUUGACAUCUUUUACCCCCCCCCCCUUUUUUUUUUCUGUGAUAUCAACUGGUUUAUAUUAAAGGUGUAUAACUUAUCUGACUGUUUAAAACUUGUUAAAUGCCCACAGUCUUCUGUAAGCAACUGAAAAUCAGAGGGAAGUUUUACCUCAUCACCUCAUUGUCAUUAUCUGCAUCGUGCAAAGCAACAUCUGGAUAAUUUUAGAAACAUGUAAUGUGGACAGAUGUUGAUGAUUGCACAGGUGGAAUUAUUCCUGUAGGACAUUCUGCAUUAUAUUAUACAUGCUUCCCUUAGGCAGUGUAAUUAGAAAUUAUUGCAUACAUUUUCAUGGUUAUGCAGAUGAUACUCAGCUUUGUCUAUCCACAAAGCCAGAUGACACACAUCAAUUAGUUAAACUGCAGGAAUGUCUUAAAGACAUAAAGGUCUGGAUGACCUCUAAUUUCCUGCUUCUAAAUUCAGAUAAACCUGAAAUUCUUGUAGUCGGCCCUAUGAAUCUUAGAAACAUGGU